AUGGCGGGAGAAGAGUCAUCACUGGCGCCGCAGCAGAACAGAAUCAGGACCACCUCAGUGUGGAACAACAGUUCUGUCUCUCCGUUCGCUUCUGGAAACUCGUCACCGUUUGAGAAAUUCGAUGGACAAACUUCUUGCCUCAUGUGGCACCUACAGAACAAGACGGUGUUCCAGGGCUACACAGAAGCCCAACAAGCCUGCUCCAUCUACGACAACACCGAGGAGUUGGGAACAGCGACCGCCGUCAUCUCUUGGUUCUUGGGGCUUCUCAUCGUCACCGGCAAUGCCGUCGUGAUCUUGGGAAUCGUCAAAACGACACAACUCCACAAGCCGCUGUACAUCUACAUGGCAAACCUCGCCGUUUCCGACUUGGUCGGAGGCGUUGGACUCCUGUAUCGAACUGCAGACCAAGUAGAAUUCUUGAGACUGCACACGUUGAUGAAUGUUUUAACUUUUCUGAUGUAUAGUCAAAUGAUGUCUGCUUCUGCUCUAUCGCUGCUAUCUGUUAACUCUUACGUAGCAGUAAGACACCCUGUAUUCUUCCACAACCAUGCCGCCACUGCCAAGCCGGUGAAACAGCGACAAAAGAGAAGGUUUGGGCAGCAGCCACGUAAUAAUCUUGGACAAAACGGGACAGGGCAACAUCAGUCUCACAAUAUCGCACAAAAUGAGGCAGAAAGAAAAUUCAAGAAAAGUGUGCAGAAGGCGAGAACGGUCCUGAUUUACGUGGUGGUUGCCUUCAUCUUCUGGCUCUUACCUGUUGUGCUGCUCCCGAUAUGUCAGAGGGAGUGCCCACUCAUAGCUGGUCCCCACGAAAGAGCCGUGAUGCUGACUUUCAACUCAGCAAUCAACCCGGUCGCAAGCAUCGUCCGCACACCGGACUUACGGAGGGGGAUCUGGCAAACUGUGAUGGACAUCCGCCGGGUACUUGUCAGCAGAAUACGGAGAAACCCUGCGAAUCCGCAAGUCCAACAGCCAGUGUCAAUUCUGCGAGGAGGAAUCACAGGGAACACCGGACCGAACACACCAGCAGGACAGCACACCGCAGGGCACAGCAACAGUCCUGUCAAGACAGCAGGACAGCUCACCGCAGGGCACAGCAACAGUCCUGUCAACAUACCAGCAGGACAGCACACCGCAGGACACAGCAACAGUCCUCACGUCAACAUACCAGCAGGACAGCACACCGCAGGACACAGCAACAGUCCUGUCAACAUACCAGCAGGACAGCACACCGCAGGACACAGCAACAGUCCCGUCAACAUAUCAGCAGGACAGCACACUGCAGGGCACAGCAACAGUCCUGUCAACAUAGCAGCAGAACAGCUCACCACGGGAAACAGCAACAGUCCUGUCAACACAUCUGCAGGACAGCUCACCGCAGGACAUAGCAACAGUCCUGUCAACAUAUCAGCAGGACAGCUCACCGCAGGACAUAACAACAGUCCUGUCAACAUACCAUCAGGACAGCUCACCGCGGGACACAGCCCUGUCAACAAGAGUAUGGCUGGGCCAAAAGUAGCAUUCACCAAGGCAAGGAGUAACAGCCUUGCUAUCAUAGAAAUAGACUGA